AUGUACAACUACAACGAAAAAGAACUUCUCGUAAAGAAGCUCAAAGGCCAGAGGCUUUCCAUACCGGAUAUGCGCCCCAUCUUCGCACACUGGCCUCGUGGGCAAAACGAGAAUUACGAGGCGACAAAAGAAACGAUAGAUAAGCAACUCGCUGCGCAACCCAUGGGAGAGGAAGCUCGCAAGGCUUUCGCAAACAUGAACCCGGCCUUGCUUGCGGCAACAUGGUGGCCAGCCGCGUCGAAGGAUCGAUAUCGAAUCUUAGUCGAACUCAUCAUUUGGUUUGGCUAUUGGGAUGAUCUCGUCGAGGGGCUCACCCCCGAUCCGAAUGCCGCCGAAGGCCUUCGCAGAGCGACUAAGACCCUGGUACGCCAGUCUCUCGGUCUAACGCAGCCGGGGGAUGAGGACGAUGCGGUACCUUCUGAUCCGCUGGUCCUCAACUUUAAGACUCUUGCCGCGGAAGUUUGUGCCAACUACGACGAAGAGCAACGGAAGUCCCUCUUAGGCCAUUUCGACCGAUACAUCGAUGCAACGCGACUGGAGGCAGAGGCAGACCUAAGCGAGAGGCUACCAAGUCUGAAGAGGUACUGGGAAGUAAGGAUACUGACGAGUGGCAUGGGCACAUUGCUUGGUUUUACUGAGUACGCGGUCGAAGCCAAAUUACCCUCUCAACUGGUCGCUUCGGCGGCGUACGAGGCACUGUGGAUGACUACGAUCGUAAUCAAUUCCAUAGUAAAUGACUUGAUAUCGUUCAAGAAGGAGAUGAAAGCGGGCAGCGUAUUAAGCUCUGUAGCUAUACUCUAUCAACAAGUCGACAAUCUCGACGCGGCGGUGCAGAUGUCGCUUGCUCACCUGAGGAUCCUCGUCAACGAGUUUGACCGUACAGCAAACACGAUACUGUCAGAGUUUCCCCUGAACCCGGAAGAGGUGGACGCCGUGUCUAAAGUCAUUGAUGCACUAAGGACGGUAAACACUGGAAAUCUGGAGUGGAGCCUGCAAUCAAAGCGAUACGGAGUUGGUCAGUUCAUUAGAGAUGAUGGACGUAUUGAACUCAUCUUGUGA